AUGGACUUAAACGUUACUAGUAGCGACUCGGAUCCUGCAAUUACGGGAGAAAAUGAAUCCAAAGCCAAGGCAGCAGAAUAUGAUCCUGCCCAUAGCCCAGAGAGGAACAACUCUCUCGAUGCUCCUUGCAUGGUCAGCCCUGCAAGCAAGUCAACAAAAUACACCGAGGAUAAGGGAUAUUGGCCCAAACUCGCACAGGCGUGCGAGUUGAUCGACGGAGCACACCUCCGUCAACAGGAAAUCGAGCGUCGCUGGGCCAACGACGAGUUCCGCUCGGCUUGGACCGAGUGGAUCUUCGGGUCCAAGCCGGCAACGGAGGAAGAUUGGGCGGAUUUUGAAUCCGCCCUCAUAUCAAUUGUUUUGGAGGGGGGAAUUGGUCCCAACGAGCUUGAAUAG